CCCCCUCUGGCUGCCUGGUGGAGAGCAUGUCAGGCUCCGGGCGGAAAGACUUCGAUGUCAAGCACAUCCUGAGACUCCGUUGGAAACUCUUCAGCCACCCUUCGCCCUCCUCUGGGGGGCCGGCGGGGGGCUGCCUGCCCCAGGACGGCGGCGGUGGCUUCGAGCACUGGGGGCCCAGCCAGAGUCGCCUGCUCAAGAACCCUGAGAGAGGCGGUGUAAGCGCCUUCUGGAAGAAAGCUGCUUCCUCCUCCUCCUCUUCCUCCUCGUCUUCCUCCUCCUCGUCGUCCUCCUCUUCCUUCCACCCACUGAAUGGCACAUUGCUGCCCGUGGCCACGCGGCUGCAGCCCGGGGCUCCUGGGCAGGCGCCCCCGCCGGCGGCGCGGACACUGUUCUACGUGGAGUCCAUAGAGGAGGAGGGGGCGCCCGGCAUGGACUUGGCGGGGCCACCGGAGAAAGGGCUGGUCCUGCAAGGGCUCCAAGUGGAGUCCGCCCACACAAGCCAGGCAACAGGUGAAGGAGGUGGACACAGAUUGGCAGCCAACAGCCAUUCUCUGACACCGCAGAGCGACAUGGACUCCAGUAGCUCAGAAGAAUUCUAUCAGGCAGUUCAUCACGCAGAGCAAACCUUCAGAAAGAUGGAAAGUUACCUGAAACAACAGCAGCUCUGUGACGUUAUCCUCAUUGUCGGAAAUCGAAAGAUCCCUGCACAUCGGCUUGUUCUGAGUUCUGUAUCCGACUAUUUUGCGGCCAUGUUCACAAGUGAUGUUUGUGAAGCCAAGCAAGAAGAGAUCAAGAUGGAAGGCAUUGACCCCAAUGCUCUCUGGGACCUCGUCCAAUUUGCAUAUACAGGUUGCUUGGAAUUAAAGGAAGACACCAUUGAGAAUCUUCUUGCGGCAGCAUGUCUUCUUCAACUUCCUCAAGUAGUAGACGUAUGCUGCCACUUUCUCAUGAAGCUUUUACAUCCAUCUAACUGCCUAGGAAUCCGAGCAUUUGCCGAUGCUCAAGGAUGCAUCGAAUUAAUGAAGGUGGCUCAUAGCUACACAAUGGAAAACAUAAUGGAAGUUAUGAGAAAUCAAGAGUUUUUACUCCUUCCAGCUGAGGAACUCCAUAAACUCCUAGCCAGUGAUGACGUUAAUGUUCCUGAUGAAGAAACCAUCUUCCACGCGUUAAUGAUGUGGGUCAAGUAUGACACACAGAGGAGAUGCAAUGACCUCAGUAUGCUACUUGCCUUUAUAAGACUGCCACUACUUCCACCACAGAUAUUGGCUGACCUAGAAAAUCACGCAUUAUUUAAGAAUGAUCUGGAAUGUCAAAAGCUGAUUCUAGAAGCAAUGAAAUACCAUCUAUUGCCAGAAAGAAGGACUUUAAUGCAAAGUCCAAGAACUAAACCAAGAAAAUCUACAGUUGGAACCCUGUAUGCUGUCGGAGGAAUGGAUAACAACAAAGGAGCUACAACCAUUGAGAAAUAUGACCUCAGAACAAAUCUGUGGAUCCAGGCAGGAGUGAUGAACGGCAGGAGGCUGCAGUUUGGAGUGGCCGUGAUUGACGAGAAACUCUUUGUCAUUGGAGGCCGAGAUGGCUUGAAGACUCUGAAUACUGUUGAAUGCUACAAUCCUAAAACAAAGACGUGGACGGUUUUGCCCCCGAUGUCGACACACAGACAUGGUCUCGGUGUCACAGUCCUGGAAGGCCCUAUUUAUGCAGUGGGAGGCCACGAUGGCUGGAGCUAUCUGAACACCGUGGAGAGGUGGGAUCCUCAAGGUCAACAGUGGACAUUUGUAGCCAGUAUGUCAAUUGCUCGAAGCACAGUUGGGGUAGCGGCAUUAAAUGGCAAGUUAUACUCUGUUGGAGGUCGGGAUGGAAGUUCCUGUUUGAGCUCAAUGGAAUAUUAUGAUCCUCAUACCAACAAGUGGAAUAUGUGUGCUCCAAUGUGCAAGAGGCGAGGAGGGGUUGGUGUGGCCACGUGUGAUGGUUUCCUCUAUGCCGUGGGAGGUCAUGAUGCGCCAGCUUCAAAUCACUGUUCCCGACUACUCGAUUAUGUUGAGAGAUAUGAUCCCAAAACAGAUACGUGGACCAUGGUAGCUCCUUUGAGUAUGCCAAGAGACGCAGUUGGGGUCUGUCUCCUUGGUGACAGAUUAUAUGCUGUUGGUGGCUAUGAUGGGCAGACCUAUCUCAACACAAUGGAAUCCUAUGAUCCACAAACUAAUGAGUGGACACAGAUGGCUUCUUUGAAUAUUGGAAGAGCGGGUGCCUGUGUGGUAGUCAUCAAGCAACCUUGAUUUACAAUCA